AUGUGUUAACAAAUUUAUUUAAUCGAUAUGUGUUUAUUAAUUAAUAAAACUAAUGAUAUGUUAAACCCACUUACGAUAAGUAAUUGGUUCAAAGGUUUUAACAAUUAACUAUGCUUAAUAAAAAAAUUAACCUUGAUUUCUACUUUAAAAUAAUUUGCAUUUUAAAUCUUGUAAAUUUUGUUUUCACAAUGGAACAUUUAAGAUUCUAUUUUGUAACAUAUAAUGUGGCAACUAAACAUCCAGAACAAGAUUUACGUCCCAUGUUUAAUCUUUCUACGCAUCCUAAAAAUGAUUCAGAUUUACCUGACUUUUAUAUUGUAGCUUUACAAGAAGUAAAAGCACAACCCACAAGUUUAUUAUUGGAUGCCAUCUUUGAUGAUCACUGGACAAACGGUAUUCGUUCAAUUUUAACAAGUCGUGAUUAUGUUAAAGCAAAAUCAAUUCGAUUACAAGGUAUCACACUAACAUUAUUUACUCUUCGAAAACAUUUGCUACAUCUCAGGGAUAUCGAAACGACUUAUACAAGAACUGGUUUAAAUGGAAUAUGGGGUAACAAGGGUGCAGUUAGCAUUCGAUUAAAUAUAUACGGAUGUUCUAUCUGCAUUGUAAACUCGCAUUUAGCAGCACAUGAUCAUCUCCUACAAGAUCGCAUCGACGAUUACAAUUCUAUUGUCAAACAACAAGAGUACCAUAUUAGGGAAACAAGUACUAUUUUUUUCCAUGACUACGUAUUUUGGUUGGGUGAUCUAAACUUUCGUUUAUCUAAUGACGGUACGCUAUCAGCACAAGAAAUUGAAUUACUCAUAAAAAAAGGACAAUAUAAACAGUUGUUAGAAAAGGAUCAAUUGAAGUUAGUUAUGGAAUCUGGUGAUGCAUUUAGUGAAUUAAGUGAAAACUUACCAAAUUUUCCUCCAACAUUCAAAUUUGAAACGGGAACAUCAACAUACGAUCUAAAACGGAGGCCCUCGUGGUGUGAUCGUAUUUUGUAUCGUGUAAAUAAAGAUAAUUAUGAAAAUGUUACAUUAUUUUUAGAACAACUAUCGUAUAAGAGUCAUGACCAGUAUGUAAUAAGUGAUCAUAAACCUGUAACCAGUGAAUUUAAAGUGAAGGUGUUUAAAGAUUACAUUGAAAGAUUGGUUGAAUUUUUACCAAUUCCCAUAUGGUAUUUGGAUGAAGUGAAUUCUGCAACUGUUAAAUUGGGUCUCGAUGUUGAAGCUACUUCAAGUGAUUGGAUUGGUAUAUUCAAAGAUGGUUUUAGCAGUCUAGAUGAUUAUCUAGGAUAUGUAUACGUUUUAAAAGGUUCCAGUCCAGUGGCACCGCCUCGACGAGCGCAUAAUUCGCAAAUUCGGACUACGUAUUCCGUUCAAUUUCCGGAAUCAAUUGUCCGAUCAGCUGGAAUGUAUCGAUUAGUAUAUUUCAGUCAAACACCCCAUAAUGUGGUCAGUGUGUUAGGUAUGAGUGAAGCAUUCCAUAUUCAACAAAGAGAAGGUUCUGAUCGUAACCAUGAACGAACUGGCACCUAUUAAUUGUGUUUUUUUCGUAUUUAUUUUUAUGACUUACCAACACUAUGUUAAAUGGUGAAAGGUAAAAUAAAUAGUUUAUAUUAUACCAAUUAUUAAGAGUCGAGCCAAACAGAAAUUGUGUCUGAAUUUAAUACUUUUAAGGCGGUUGGGAUAAUCAAUUUUAUAAAUACAAAAAAAAAAUUUAUCUUUAACACCAAUAAUUUUUCGAAUGUACCAACAAAACUUAACAUAAAAAAAAAUUUUUUUUGGUCAAUAUGUCAAAGAUUACGCGGAUCAUGAAAAUUUAACUAGCGGUGUCCUAUUUUCUUGUACUAUUAAUUAUUACUUAUUACCUAUAAUUUUAAAAAAUCGAUAUAUGAAUUCGAUGAUUUAAGAAGAGUUAAGACAAAAAUUAGGAAAACUCCAUGGUUGUGAAUUUAUUUGGCGUAUAUCUUUUUACAUUUUCCCUUUUCUCCGCUUUCUAUCAGCUCUCUAUAACUAUUUUCUACUUUCAAUUGGGCGUAAAAUUAAAAUUCGUGAUUGAAAGUGAUACUUUGGUUGGCUAUUUUUAAAGUUUUCUUCAAAAAUUAUAUUAUUUACUUAUAUUUAAAGUAAGAAUCUUAUACAUAGGACAUAUUAUACGCCCGGCUCUCGAAAUGGCAAGCCAGAAUGUACCUGGAUUAAAUAGUUAAUUACAAUCGUUAAAUCAUAGGAAGGAUCUAUUUUGGUUUUUUUUUGUGCGUUCUAAAUAUUCUGUUUUUUCCAAAAUUUCCUUUGAAAUAAUUGUAUUUUUUAUAAUAAAGAUUAUAAAAUUAAAAUUAUUGGAUUUUAAUACUAGGAAAGGCUCUAUCUAGCUAUAGAAAAAAGAACUCCAUUUUGCAACGCCAAAAAAUACAUAAUAUUUAAUAGAAAUGUUGUUUACAAUCUUGUAAACCAUACGCAAAAGAAUAUAUAUAUUAAUUAAAGACAUGAAACGUCCUAUUCCGAGCUAUAAGCGUCCGUGGCUGAAUUUAAGGCGCUUAUCUGGACGAGUUUUAGUCAUCGGCCGUUGCGUACUGCACAUCAGCUCUCUAAGUGGUUGAAAACGAAAGACAGCCUGACGCGCAGUACAAAGUACGCAACAACCGAAAGGACUAGAUCUCGUCCAAAUAGACGCCUUUUUCCUGUUACUUUCUCCACUCCAGUUUUACGUCCUUAUUAUAUAUGUUCUUUCAUACACACACACACCAUACAUAUAUAAAAGAGUUACAGCACAUUAAAAUGUAUAAUAAAGUAGGUACCUUUUGCCUUUUAAUUCAUUGAAAAAAUUAGCUGAGUUAUUUAAAUUUUUCUACUUGUGGCGCUGGCAUCUUAGCGUUAAAAUAUAAUAGAUAGUUUUUAUCCAUCAGAAAAAUGCGAUUGUCGGAGUAGCUCCCAAAAAUAUCUUUUUAUUUGGUUUAAUCGGAAUGGUGUGUGUGAUUGAUGAAAACUGUUCAGUCAUUUAAGGAUUAACAGGUUUUUUCUAGUUAAUGUACGAGCUUCCAUCAUAUGAGAGCGGAAGUGCAGGUUAAUGUAUUAAACAUAUCUAUUUGGAAUAAAAUUAAUUAAACCCUGCGCUUCUGCCAAAUUAUAUUACUAAUUAUAUUCAAUCUUUUUACAUUCAUUUAUGACAACGUAGCACAUUUAAUUCAAAAUUUUUCUUCAGAAAUUUAAAAAAAAAAAAUUGUCUUUGUUAGCUGUUUUAUGCCGGAAGUUUUUUAUAUUUUACACAUUUUACUUGUUUUAGAAUUUGUAGAUUUGUUCAAUUGAUCAAACAUUAAAUUUAGACGCAACUUUUUGUGAUUCUAGACUUGUUUUAAUUGGACAACAUUUAUACGCAAGCUUGGCUAACGGAUUAGGUUGAAUCAAUUGCACUUAGAUAAUAAUUUUAGUUGAAAAGCUAAUAAACAAAAUAGUAUUAUUAAAACCAGUGAAUUUUUGGGAAAUAAGUUCAAAUAAUGUAAAUAACAUUUAUGUCAAAUUAUAUGGUUGUAAAAUAAAUUUUUAAUAAAC